AUGAGAAUAAUAUCGAAAAGAAGGAUAAGAUUCUUAAUAUUUGCUGCUCUAGGUAUACUAGCCAUAAUUUUCUUUGUCAGAACAGUCAUUUUAUUCCAAUUAAAGGGCGAAAUCAUAUAUUAUAAACAUUUUUUCAAACAGAAAAAGGAUGGUCUCCAAGACGUUUAUAACCCAUUAGAUAUCAAGCAACUUCCAGAAGAAGUGAUAGAUGAAUUAUACAUUCAACGUCAAGAGAAAGAACAGAAAUCGGGUAACGCUAUUGAUUGGUCACAAUACGCCUAUGUAAAUUAUGUGACUGAUGCUGGAUAUUUAUGUAAUACUUUGAUCUUGUUUGAUCAAUUAAAGAAGCAAUUUGGUACUAAAGCUAAACUUUUACUUUUGAUCUCCAGUGAAUUAUUGAAUCCUGACUUAUCAACAAGUGUAGAAGAGAGUACAAAAUUGUUAGAAAAGAUAAAAAAUAUAGAUCCAGAACAAGUCGUGAUAAAACAUAUUGAUAAUAUUGUUAAACCAGAGGAUUACUCACCUUGGAAUGAAAGUUUAACUAAAUUACUAGUAUUCAAUCAAACAGAAUAUGAUCGUAUAAUAUAUUUGGAUAACGAUGCUGUCUUAAGAAAUAAUUUGGAUGAAUUAUUUUUUAUACCAGAAUAUAUUCAAUUUGCUGCACCGGUAACAUAUUGGUUUUUAUCGGAACACGAUAUGGAAAAAGCAUACCAUUCCUUAAAGCAUGAUGAAAAAUUGUCACUAAAUUUAAACAAGUAUACCAAGAAGAUAUUACCAAGGGUCAGAAAGGGCCAAAUGAUUUAUAAUCACUUACCAGUAUUACCGCCAUCUUUAUAUUUAAAUUCUGAAAAUGUUGCCAAGGAAAUCAUAAGUUCGACUUCAUCAUCUUCACCAUUAUUUAAUUUCCAUACUGGUAAGAAAUCAGGCAUAGUUAAAUUUGCGUCUAAUUUAAUGGUAAUUAAACCUUCCGCAACAACCUUCCAAAUGAUUAUGGAUAUUCAUAUUCCCAAGAUUGUAAAUAAGAAAUUGAAAUAUGACAUGGAUUUGAUUAAUGAAGAAUUGUACUCGUUAAAGGCAAUUAUUUCGAAACAAUUCACAUUAUUCCGUAAAUCAAGGAAACAUUUUACUCCUGAGGUUUUAAUCUUACCGUUUGGUAGAUAUGGCUUAUUAACUGGAUCACUAAGGAAUCCACAUCAUUAUUCUAUGAUAACUAAUGAUGUACUAGGUUAUAAAAGGUUGGAUGACGAAGGUAAUGAACUUCCUAGAAAUUUACAAGAAUUUGUAACUCAUUCUAAGUAUAUUCACUUUUCAGAUUAUCCCAUCGGGAAACCUUGGUAUUAUCCUUCUAUAUCAGAGUUUAAAUGUGUGGUGGAUGAGAAGAAUGCUCAGGAUUUAGAAAUGGAAACGAAAGCCUGCGAUGUUUGGAAUUCUAUAUAUGAAUUAUAUUUUGACACUAGAAAUAUUUGUCAUAUAUGA